GUGAAAAUUUUCAGCUUCUGUUAAUUUUGCAAUCCCCCACCCUUCUCAGCCGUUAAAACGGACGUGGACUCCCAGGACAUCACCUAAAAAAAAUAUAAGCAAAACCUUAUCCCUGCCUCAAGCACUCUCUCUCUCUCUCUCUCUAUCUCUAAUGGAGGAGACGACGUGGGAGCAGAGGCUACAAGUAAUAACCCACAUCCUAACCAGCCCCACAGCCACACCCUCACUCCACUCGCAGCUCUUCGUGUCAGCUCACAUCCCCUGCUACCUCAAUUGGGACUACCCACCCUUCCUCUGCUCCUCCUCUGCCUUCCCUCCACUGCUCCUGCGAUGGGGCUUCUCCCUCUUCCUAGAGAGGGCCUCCAGAUUGGGGCUCCCCAAGACCUCCUGGCGCUCCAAGUGUCCGUACCAGCUGCCGCCGCCGCCGAUUAUGGCGGAGGGAGUGGAGGAAGCCGUCUGGGGCGAUGAAGAAAGGCGAGCCUACGCGAGGAAGAGGAUGAGCAGGAAGCGCCUAUUCAACCGCAUCAACCCUCUGGUCCCAGUCCUCGUUCCCAAUCUCUUGCUUUUCUCCCUCCUGCUUUGGAACCCGUUUCCGCAGUUUCCCUAGUUCUCAGAUUUACAUUUUUAAUCUUCCAGUUUCCAAUGUCGUCUAUAUAUAUUCCCUUCACAUAAAGACUAAAUAAAAUCAAAUUUCUCACUUAA